CUGAUGUUCUGAAAUGGAGAAGAAAACCUGGUGUUACAAAAAACUCUCACUGAAAAAUAGAAAAUCUCAUCUUCAACUGUUUUAUAGAAGUUGGAAAGGGAAAGAGGUCAGACUGAACAUUUUUUUCAACAUUUUAGUCUGCAAACGAACCAACAAAUGACAGUCCUGUGUAUAAGACCAAAGUAACUGUGUUAAUUCUGACAUCUAAAGCGCCACCUGUUUCAUUUGUCGAAACCGAUUGUUGUUUUCUGCAGCAAAGCUUUUGUUUUUCCAGCUGAUGCACAGACCUCCUAGCUAGCUCCUCCCCCAGUGCAGAAAACACCCAUAGCAGUCAGCUGUUCCCUCAGUUGGAACUUCCCCGUCAGUGUUGCGGAUCCACGCAGCUUCAGCGUUUCUUUGCAUUUUUAGAUUCGGGGAUUAAUUUUAGAUAUAUCUGGAAUAUACUGAAGACUUUUCAAUGGAACAAGACGAGAGGAUGAAAUAUCUGCGUCCCACCGCGGACUAUGGAGAAAGAUUAAGACCCAACCCGACCCGUCCUUCUUGCGACCAAGAUGGCGUUCGGAUUUCAUGUCGAGGCGGCGCAGUACAUGCGCAUGCGUCAGCGAGCUCCUUGACGCUUCCUGCUGGCUUCGCGUACGCAUGUAGUGGAAGUUCUGGACUGUAUUGGCUCUCGGUAUCCGAGUGGGAUUUAAUGUUUUACCGACGGAGCUAAUGCAGAUGCAGUAUGGUUUUGAAGCUCUCACUCCUAUUUGCACUUUCAUGGACUUGGGUGUCUUUCCCUUGUUUGGUUUCUGCGUUUAAAGACCAGAUGAACAUCACAGCUGGACAGAACGUCACUCUGCCAUGUCACGCUCCAAACAACAUCGUAGUUGUAGAGUGGAGUAGAGCUGACCUGGAGCCCGAACAUGUCCUUGUGUACCGGGACGGUCACUUUGUUGUAGAUGAGCAGCAUCCAUCUUUUAAGAACCGGGUGGAUCUGCAGGACAGACAGAUGAAUGAUGGAGACGUGUCUCUGAUUCUGAAGGAUGUGACGACUAAUGACACUGGAACAUACGAGUGUCGUGUCUUCAAGAUGGGAGCAAACCGCAGAAAGAGAGCUAAUCAGGGUGGUGACCUCAUCAGCAGCAUCUACCUGAGUGUUGAUCCUCCAGGUCAGACAGGAGGACACACAGAGGAUGGAGGGAAGAGUGGAUCUGUUGGACUAAUAGCUGGUCUGAUAGUUCCUGCUGUGAUUCUUGUUGCUGCUUUUUUGAUCUACAGAAAACAGAAGCACGAUCUGGAUUACCAGUCUCCUGUUGAAAUGAAUCCUGUUUGAAACAUCUCAGAGCUUUUCCACCUCAGCUCCGAGUCUCCUUCUGUUGCUCCAAAUUCCCAGUGUGUCACUCAGCACAGGAACAAACAGAUGAUCUGAGGACGUGUUUAUCAUGAAACAUGUGCUAAAUUUGUUUUUCAGGGUUUUUCUAAAGGGGAUUUAUUUCUGUGACUGAAAAACUGACUGGUUGUUAUGGUUAUUAUUAUUUGUUUAUUAUUUAUGAUAUUAUUUUGUUUAGCAUUAUUUUUGAAGGAGUUCCAUUUGGCUCUCUUUGAAGCCACAUUUAGGUAAUUACACCUGUACCUGUGCAUCCUUGUCUGCUUGUCUGAGAGAAAACAAAAGCACAUUUUAUAUUAAUCCUUUCAUUAAUUUUUGGAGAAAAGCAUUAAUGACUUAUUCACUGAACCUCUACUUAACAUGUCAUUUGUUUUAUGUACAGUGGUCCCUCGCUAUAAUGCGGUUCACCUGUUGCUGCCUCGUUGUUUUGCAGAUUUUUUUUGGUGUAAUUUUGCAUGCUGUUUUUUUUUUUGUUUUUGUGUUUUUUACAGUGCAUUGUGUUCUGCGUUCUGAUUGAUUGGCUGUAGACCAUUAUCAGUCUUGUGCCGUGUCUCCUGUACAGUACAGAAUGCGUUCAGCUCGUCAAAUUUACAUAAAUCUUCGAUCGCUUGCAGUGUGACUCUGAAGUGCUGUACUGUGUGUUUGUAAGUUUUGUUGACGAAAUGUUUUGCACCAUCAAAGGCGGGUGUCUUUGGUUUCAUUCUGUAAUACUGGACUUAUUUUUCUACGAAGGUUUGAAACUUGAGAGAGCUUAACCAAGAGAGAAAAGUGUGAAAAUGUAUAGUGAGGGGUUUUACAGCUCAACAUGUAAAA